AAGGAUGAAAACCUUCGCCUUUUGCAGAGCCAGGUUGACGGAAUAUACGCUAACCAUGCACUAUUGACUAUCAUAAAUGAUUUGGUGGGCAAGGAAGUGUUGGUAGAAGCAGUUGACGGGGCAAAAUAUUCGGGGAUAUUUACUGCAUGCUCUCCAGAAUUUGACAUUGGUUUACGACACGCGUAUAAAAUCACAACGGGUAACAUGACGAAUCUACUACCGAAAAAGGAAGACAUGACCACUAAAAUGCUAUUCAAAUUCAGCGAUAUAGUAGCGAUGUCAGCCCUUAUGAAUGAAGAGAAAGUGAUAAGAGGGUUUGCCACAGACCGUGACUAUCACAUCAAGCAGCAGAAUGGACGUAUUGGUGAUGAAGAUCAUGAGCUACAGGAAUGGAGUGCCGACGAAGAUGCAGAAGAAAUUGAGCCACUGGAUCAGAUGCCAGAUCAGCGUCAACGAUAUCAGCGCAACAAUGGCUGGAAUGUCGAAGAGAUGUUCAACACUAAUUCGCAGAUGGGUGUGCAAUCGACUUACGAAGAAGAUCUUCGUCAGUACACAACAGCCCCGGUGGAAGGGAACGAAGAGGAUCGUCGCCGUGCAGAUCAGAUUGCAAGAGAAAUCGAGAAUAGUCAGCAGAGCAAGUUCAACGCUCGGCUUGAGAACGACGACGAUGAGCGCGAUCUCGACAAGCAGACCACUGAGGAAGAUUUCGAGUUGCAGUCUAAACGAGGAGGUGGCGGUGGUGGGCAGCGCGGCAACUUCAACAUUCGUAAUCAGCGCAACGGUGCAGGUGGUCCAGCGAUGGGAAAUCGUCGCGCAGAUGUUAUGAAAGGAGGGCUUGAGAGGAGAGGUGGUGGAACGACUGGUCGUUAUUCCACUCAACCACACAGUGUGAGCUCACCACAAAAUAGAGGAAUGCCUGUCAAUAAAUACGAGUCGAGAGGUCGUCCUUCAGCACAGGAGCUUCAAGACAGUUUCAAUGAGUUUUCAAUCAGCAAGGAGGGAAAUCCGCGUAGGGAUUCGUCACAGGGUCAGACAUCUAGGACAUAUGAGAACAAGAGCCAGAGUCAGUCUUCAAAAGUUCUACUAGAACCGCGCACAAGCGCAUCUCCUCGCACUACUCCCACUGACGCCGAUACUCCGAGAGACUCUCCCGCCCGUACAGUUCCCGCAGUUCCGUCCAGUAAUGCAUGGGCUCGGGGUCCUCCGACCAGCGUGACCAACGUGCACAACUCUUCACAGCAGGCCACACCCACUCCGGCUUCCCCGUCACAUGCCGCUGAAACGAACGCAACGGAGCCUAUGCCAAGCUCCACUAAUGACCAGUCUGCUGAUGCGUCAUCUUCCGCAACUGAGUCAUCUCCACAGACCGAAGGUUCGUCUGCAACCGCAGCAGCACCGCCUGCAUCCACUACUGGUACACAAGCCGCCUCACAUGAAACCACCCCAGAUUCCACUGCAACGACGAAUACAACCACUGAAAAAGAGGAGGGCACGAAAAAGUUCACCUUCAAUGUUAAUGCGCCGGCAUUCAAACCUCGAAGUGCAUCUGCUCAAUUACAACAAGCUCAACAAGUUGGGCCUCCACCAGGCGGUCCCCCUCAGGCGAUGAUGGGCGCUGUUCCAAUGGUUCCGACUGGAGUCCCUAUUCAGACAGCCAUGCCUCCUCCUGGCAUGCUACCCACCAUGCAAACGGGCCAACCGCCCGUCCUCAUGCCUGGAUACCAAUAUGUUGUGACCGGUGGGCAGCCAGUAAGCAUGAUGCCAAGCCAGCCGAUUGCGAUGGGAGGUCCUCGACCAGGUGGACCGCCUGCAGUCGCAUUUCAACAGGGUAGUAGAAGACAAGUGAUGGUUCCGCACACAGCAGCUCAAUGGCAACCGCAUGUAAUGCAAGUUGGACAAGGAAUGGUUCCGUACGCCUAUCAGUCAUUCUCUGUGCAAGGAGGUGGAGCUGGUGGUGGUGGUGCCGGUGUGGUUCCUCCACCUCCUCCACAAGGUGGUUUCAGUGGACCUCAGGCUCCUCCACCCCAAAUGAUGCCGGGCACACCUCAGGCUGCUGCCCCUCCACCAGGCAUCUAUCCGCAACGUUUUGUUCCUGCUCAAGGUUAUGUUCUCCCACAAGCUGGUGUCCAAGGUCAGACGCGGUUUCCCACUCCGCAACAAACUCCCCACCAAGCAAUGGAAGCUGCUCAUUUCCAAGCUCAAGGAGCACCUGGAUCAGCCGCGGCUUCAACUGGGCCGAAUAGCCAGCCACCGACGCCUGGACCAUCUCCGGCACAGGGCGGACGAGGCGGUUCUCCCGGUCAACAGGCGAGCGCCAUGCAGCAAUCCGUUGGGCCACCGCCGCCGCAGCAAUUCAUGGCGCCCGCGUCGGCGGCUCCACCGCCACAUUUUUAUGCAACGGCACAGCCGGUGUACGGCAUGUACUCGGCGCCUACCGGUCAAGGUAUGGUUGUCUACGGUGGACCAGGCGGAGUGCCGAUGGCACAACCCCCUUCUAUCAGCAACCACCUCCCAAUCAAAUGUCGAGACAAAAUUCAGCCCCUCAAUCCAUAUAUCAACAACAAGGGCCAGUCAGUUAUUUAUCGUUAUUAUUACUGCUGCGGAGUCUCGGUCGUUCCUGGACGCUCGCAUGCCACCGUUGUGAGGUUUGUGCUUGCUCAAUCGCCAGCGACUUGCAAUCACUUGAACUUCGUUGUAUGUCUCAUUCUCCAUUUGUCUUCAUCAUGUUUUAACACAUUCUUAUUGGAUGUCAUGCAUCCCCAGAGUUUUAUGCAAAUUGAUUACUAUCACAAAGAGCCCAUCAUAAAAAGGAAAUUAAUUCUCUCUCCCUUUUUCCCGCUCUCUCUUUUUGUCCUAAUCAUUCAGCAGCGUUCAUCUUUCCUCAUUGUCUAUUUGACGAUUUCCAUAAGAAAAGAAUAA